CCAGGGUUUUAGUGGCGCCGGUGCCGCCUCGGUUUGUAGUGGUGACUGAUUGGGGCUUUCUGGUGACUUAGGCCCACGGCACCGUCAGUGGAGCCGUCAAGUCCCGGGGGUGGCCCCCGAACUCCGCUGUCCUCUCCUUGGCCGUCAGCCCGCAGGCCUGGCUGCUUCUCGGCGGGGUGACCAUCUCCUCAGGGCCAUGUCCAGGCCUAGCAGCGUCUCCCCGCGGCCGCCGGCUCCAGGCGGCGGCUGCGGUGGCGGCGGCGGCCCGGCUCAGUGUGGCCCUGGGGGCGGCGCCCGGGCCAAGGGGCUAAAGGACGUGCGUAUAGAUGAGGAGGUGAAGAUCGCAGUCAAUAUCGCCCUGGAGCGCUUCCGAUAUGGGGACCAGAAAGAAAUGGAAUUUCCUUCUUCUUUGACCAGUACUGAACGAGCCUUUAUUCAUCGAUUGAGUCAGUCUCUUGGUUUGGUCUCUAAAAGUAAAGGAAAGGGAGCAAAUAGAUACCUAACUGUGAAGAAGAAAGAUGGAUCAGAAACAGCUCAUGCAAUGAUGACCUGUAAUUUGACUCAUAAUACAAAACAUGCUGUUAGGAGCCUAAUUCAAAGAUUUCCUGUCACCAAUAAAGAACGUACUGAACUUCUGCCUAAAACAGAAAGAGGAAAUGUGUUUGCAGUUGAAGCUGAAAACCGGGAAAUGAGCAAGACAAGUGGGCGACUCAACAAUGGCAUACCUCAGAUUCCAGUGAAAAGAGGAGAAUCUGAAUUUGAUUCUUUCAGGCAGUCUCUGCCAGUGUUUGAGAAACAAGAAGAAAUUGUUAAAAUAAUUAAGGAAAAUAAGGUAGUUUUGAUUGUAGGAGAAACUGGGUCUGGAAAGACUACACAGAUUCCUCAGUUCCUGUUAGAUGAUUGCUUUAAAAAUGGUAUCCCCUGCCGUAUAUUUUGUACUCAGCCAAGACGAUUAGCGGCUAUUGCUGUGGCUGAAAGAGUUGCUGCAGAGAGAAGAGAAAGGAUUGGUCAAACAAUUGGGUAUCAGAUACGAUUAGAAAGCAGGGUUUCUCCAAAGACACUUCUGACAUUUUGCACCAAUGGGGUAUUGCUUCGUACAUUGAUGGCAGGAGAUAGUACAUUGUCAGCUGUAACACAUGUUAUUGUGGAUGAAGUACAUGAAAGGGAUCGAUUUAGUGAUUUUUUACUUACAAAGUUAAGAGAUUUGUUGCAAAAGCACCCAACUUUGAAACUAAUUCUUUCUAGUGCUGCCUUGGAUGUAAAUCUCUUUAUAAGAUAUUUUGGAAGUUGUCCAGUGAUAUAUAUACAGGGAAGACCAUUCGAAGUAAAAGAAAUGUUUCUGGAAGAUAUUUUAAGAACUACUGGAUAUACAAACAAAGAAAUGUUAAAAUAUAAAAAGGAAAAACAGCGAGAAGAGAAACAACAAACCACACUUACAGAAUGGUAUUCAGCCCAAGAGUAUACUUCGAAGUCUGAAUCUCAGAGACAGAGAACAGUUCCAAAUGUGACUGAAGAGUAUGACAUAUUGGAUGAUGGUGGUGAUGCUGUUUUCAGUCAGUUGACAGAAAAAGAUGUGAAUUGCCUUGAACCAUGGUUAAUAAAGGAAAUGGAUGCUUGCCUUUCUGACAUAUGGUUGCAUAAAGACGUUGAGGCUUUUGCUCAGGUUUUUCAUCUUAUUUUAACUGAAAAUGUUAGUGUGGACUACAGACAUAGUGAAACCAGUGCAACAGCUCUGAUGGUUGCUGCAGGACGUGGCUUUUCAAGUCAAGUAGAGCAGUUAAUCAGUAUGGGAGCCAAUGUCCAUUGCAAAGCAUCAAAUGGCUGGAUGGCUUUAGAUUGGGCUAAACACUUUGGGCAGAAUGAAGUUGUGGAUCUUUUAGAAUCUUACAGUGCUUCAUUGGAAUUUGGAAAUCUAGACGAAAGUUCUCUGGUUCAAAAAAGUGGAAGUGACCUCAGUGCAGAAGAUAGAGAGCUCCUGAAAGCUUAUCAUCAUAGUUUUGAUGAUGAAAAAGUAGACUUGGAUUUGAUCAUGCAUCUUCUAUACAACAUCUGCCAUAGUUGUGAUGCUGGUGCAAUAUUAAUUUUCCUACCUGGAUAUGAUGAAAUUGUUGGAUUGAGGGAUCGCAUUCUAUUUGAUGACAAGCGGUUUGCUGACAAUAUACAUAGAUAUCAAGUCUUUAUGCUUCAUUCAAAUAUGCAAACAUCUGAUCAAAAGAAAGUAUUAAAAAACCCACCUGCAGGUGUUCGAAAAAUAAUCCUUUCCACCAAUAUUGCUGAAACCAGCAUCACAGUCAAUGAUGUUGUCUUUGUUAUUGAUUCUGGUAAAGUGAAAGAGAAAUCCUUUGAUGCACUGAAUUUUGUUACAAUGCUAAAAAUGGUGUGGAUUUCCAAAGCUAGUGCAAUACAACGAAAAGGCAGGGCAGGGCGAUGUAGACCUGGAAUUUGUUUCCGUCUGUUCAGUAGACUCCGAUUCCAGAAUAUGUUGGAAUUUCAGACUCCAGAACUUCUGAGAAUGCCAUUACAGGAACUUUGUUUACAUACCAAGCUGUUAGCCCCAGUUAAUUGUCCUAUUGCUGAUUUCCUUAUGAAAGCACCAGAACCUCCACCAGCUUUGAUUGUAAGAAAUGCUGUACAAAUGCUUAAGACAAUAGAUGCAAUGGAUGCAUGGGAAGAUCUCACUGAACUUGGAUAUCAUUUGGCUGACUUGCCAGUAGAACCUCAUCUUGGUAAAAUGGUCCUGUGUGCUGUUGUUUUAAAGUGUCUGGACCCCAUCCUUACAAUUGCCUGCACACUAGCCUAUCGAGAUCCUUUUGUCCUACCAACGCAGGCCUCUCAAAAACGUGCAGCUAUGCUUUGUAGGAAACGAUUCACUGCAGGGACUUUCAGUGAUCACAUGGCACUUCUCAGAGCAUUCCAGGCAUGGCAAAAAGCACGGAGUGAUGGGUGGGAGAGAGCCUUUUGUGAAAAGAAUUUUCUUUCACAAGCUACCAUGGAAAUAAUAAUAGGCAUGAGAACUCAAUUGCUUGGUCAACUUAGAGCAUCAGGUUUUGUUAGAGCGCGAGGUGGUGGUGACAUUCGAGAUGUUAACACAAAUUCUGAGAAUUGGGCUGUUGUUAAAGCUGCAUUGGUGGCAGGCAUGUAUCCUAAUUUAGUCCAUGUGGACAGAGAGAAUUUAGUGUUGACAGGGCCAAAGGAGAAAAAAGUACGGUUUCAUCCCACAUCAGUUCUCAGUCAACCUCAAUAUAAAAAGAUUCCUCCAGCCAAUGGUCAAGCUGCAGCAGUUCAGGCACUGCCCACAGAUUGGCUUAUUUAUGAUGAAAUGACCAGAGCCCACAGAAUAGCUAACAUCAGAUGCUGUUCGGUAGUGACACCUGUCACAGUAUUGGUAUUCUGUGGGCCAGCCAGGUUGGCAAGUAAUGCUCUUCAGGAAUCUUCAUCCUUUCGAGCAGAUGGUAUUCCUAUUGACAGUAGUGAUAGUGAAAUGGAAGAUAGAACUACUGCUAAUUUGGCAUCUUUGAAACUUGAUGAGUGGCUGAAUUUCAAACUAGAGCCUGAGGCUGCCAGUUUAUUGCUGCAGCUUAGACAGAAGUGGCACAGCUUAUUUUUACGCCGAAUGAGAGCUCCAUCUAAACCUUGGUCUCAAGUUGAUGAAGCUACCAUCAGAGCAAUUAUAGCUGUUUUAAGCACUGAAGAACAGUCUGCAGGUUUGCAGCAACCAUCUGGGAUUGGCCAAAGGCCAAGGCCUAUGUCUUCAGAAGAACUUCCUUUGGCAUCAUCUUGGAGGUCAAAUAAUAGUCGGAAAAGUUCAGCAGAUACUGAAUUUUCUGAUGAGUCUGCUACUGCAGAAAGAGUAUUGAUGAAAUCUCCAUCUCCAGCAUUACACCCACCUCAGAAGUACAAAGAUAGAGGAAUUUUACAUCCUAAACGAAGCACUGAUGACCGAUCAGAUCAGUCUUCUGUAAAGUCUGCAGAAGAUUACCCAAGUCCAUGUGCUAGUCCUUCUCCUCCAUCCUCAGGAAAGGGGUCAAAAUCACCUUCACCAAGACCAAACAUGCCUAUUCGAUACUUCAUAAUGAAGAGUAGCAAUUUGAGAAACCUUGAAAUUUCCCAACAGAAGGGUAUUUGGUCUACAACCCCUAGUAAUGAACGGAAGCUAAAUCGAGCCUUUUGGGAAAGCAGCAUGGUUUACUUGGUAUUUUCUGUUCAAGGAUCUGGACAUUUCCAGGGGUUUUCUAGGAUGUCUUCUGAGAUAGGAAGGGAGAAGAGCCAGGACUGGGGCUCUGCUGGGCUAGGAGGAGUGUUCAAGGUGGAGUGGAUACGAAAAGAAAGUCUUCCCUUCCAGUUUGCACACCAUUUACUCAAUCCUUGGAAUGACAACAAGAAAGUCCAGAUAAGCAGAGAUGGGCAGGAACUAGAACCUCAGAUCGGGGAACAGCUGCUACAGUUAUGGGAACGCCUUCCAACAGGAGAAAAAACCACAACUGAUUGACACUCAGGUUAUACCAUUUCUGACUUUGAGUACUGGCAGUAUUUGUGAUCAUCAAGGAUAUCUUUCAUCUUAUUUAUCUUUUCUUUUUCUUGAAAAAUCUUGCUAGAGCACUUAGUUACGGAAGAAUAUCAUGCCUAUUUACAACCACUGAAUGCACUGACUUCCAAAAACUUAGAUGGGACUGUGUAUUAUCAAUGGGCUCUUCUGGUUUAGAGUAUUGGUUUACAACCAUCCUUUUCAUAUAAAAGAGAAAAGGAUAAUUUUAAUUUUUAUAGUGAUCAUAGGGCAUGAUUAAUGUUUGUUAAUUAUAUGUUUCUAAUGGAGUAAAAUAGUAGUUGUUUCAUUACUUGACACAAUAGCAAUUAUCUUCAAUAUAUUUAUUUUGAUAUUGAAUUAUUUCAUUUGUUUAAAAUACUGAAUUAUAAUUUUUAUUGAGGUUUUUUUUUUAAUGCAAAGUUGUUUACUUUUAAGAAAGGCCUGAAUAUACCAGUACCUCUGAGCACCAUUUUAGGAGAGCCAACUCUUAAGAUUUAUCAUUAAAAAACAAGCAAACAACCAAAUUAAAGGUUUCUUUUAAAAAUAGUGGGCUGAUAAAGGACUACGUAUUCUGCCAUUUUAAACCUGAGAUACAGUAAGGAAAAAAAAGAGGGAUGUUCUUUCUCUGCAGUUAUGAAAUGUGGUAAAGUCUGAAGAAAGGCAUCAUUUCCCGUUUGUGACGAAAUUGGAUUCAGUGCUUCAUUUUCUUCCUGGUUCUGCUCUUUUAACCCGAUAUGUGCCGUGUCCCUUUCUUCCUCCUGGGUUACAGCCUUCCCUCCUCUCUGAUAGGAGCACAGGAAUGAUGGCUUCUUUGUUUUGUGUAAAGAAACUUGAUUUAGACAAGUCAAACAUUUAAACAAGUUAAAAAGUGUUCGACAGCUAGUGGUAGUUUUUGGUUGCUGUAUAUCUUCAAAACUAAAGCCCAGAAGCAUCAAAAUUCUAAAUUGCCAUCUAUUUAUUUUCCAGUACUUUUUAUCCUUAUGUUUUUGGAUAUGGUUUCUCUUUUUUUUGCAUUUAUGGUUUAAUAAGUGGGGGAGUGGUGGUAAUUUUUUGUAAACUUGUGUCAGUGCCAUCUAUCUACUUCUUUGCCAUUUCAGAAUUAUUUGGUUUGUAGUCUUUACCAUCACUGUCUAUAAAGUUUCCUAAGAAGUCUUUUUGAAGGGAAAUAGAGGUACAAGUAAAAAAGAAAGAAAUGCCUUGGUUACUGAGCUCUAAACAGAACAGGUUUAAUAGCACUUCUCGUGAUACAUGUAGGUCAUUGCUAUAUAACAACAACAACAACAAAAAAAACACCAUGAAAUUAAAGACAAGAAGAAAACUCCAAGUCAUCUGCUUCUAUAUUUGAGAACAAAGAAGUAAAAUUAUAUGUCAACAUAAAACCUUGAGAACUCUUCUACUUUCUCUGUGAAAGCACUGUGUGUUGGUGCAUUAGUUUAGAAUGACAGCUGUGAUUUCUGCUUGUAUUUGUAGUCAUUUUGUUUUUAAAAAUGUGUUUAUGUCAUACUUUGAGACAUACCUAAAAAUUGAGCCUAUGUGAAGUCUGCUCCAUUAUAUGUGUAUUAUAGUUCUUUUUCUACUAGAGUCACUUGUGUUUCUCUGAUAAUGUUUACAUUUUAAGUAUAUAUAUCUAGCAGUUCAUGGUGUUCUAAAUUUGAAAGUUGAGGAAUUUUAAAACUUCUUGUAAUUUCCUUCUGUUUUCUAAUAUUUAUCCCUGUAUGUAAAUGAUGAGUUUGUUGAUAUUUAAAAUGAAUAUAAUUUGAAUGUAAUUAAAAUGCUGUUUUUGGAAAAGAUGAACUUGAAAUAUACAUCUUACAUGAAAUUCUAUUAAAUCAUUUAUA